AUGGGAAAUUGUUGUAAUGGGAAUUAAAUGCUAGAUCGACAGAACCCGCAAAUUAUUUUAGUUACAGACUUAUAGAACAACUCCUUAUAAGUUGAAAGGGCUGCAAUCAAAAUUCAAUCAUAUGUCAGAGGAAUCAAGGUUAGAAAGGACAUGAAAUCUAUGAAAAAUCAGUACCAUUGUAAUAAUGAACACGCACCUUUGACCAUGGUUGCUAAACUAUCCAGAAUGCCCAAUUAUCUCAAUGAAAAAACAAAAAAAGUACAUGAUGAAUAAGGGCCAUUUCAAGAAAUCUCAGAACCAGAUUUACCUAAAUUAGGACCAUAUGAAUACAAUGAUCAAACAGUCUAUUAUGGUCAAUACAAAAAUGGAUUGAAACAUGGCUAUGGUACUCAAAUAUGGAUAGACGGAUCAAUAUAUGAAGGUUAAUGGCAAAAGAACUCUGCCCAAGGCAUAGGCAGAUUAAUUCAUUGUGGUGGGGAUGUUUACGUUGGAGAAUGGCAGAAUGAUAAGGCUAAUGGAUAUGUAAAUUAUUAUGGAUAAUAGGGGAACCUAUAUACAUGCGGAUGGUGCAAAAUAUGUAGGCUAAUGGGUAGAUGAC